AUGUAUACCCUGUUUACUGAGACAGCAAGGCGAAAAACCAUAUCCUGGCCAGCGGCACGUCCCCAUAUAUUUGGAUUUCUUCAUCACACGAAAGAUUUUGAGUUAAGAGGCAACUAUGGCCUUUUUGACCAGUUAGAAGCCUUAAAGUGGGUUAAUCGAAACAUUGCAGCAUUCGGAGGUGAUCCAAAUCGGGUGACCAUAUUUGGUAACUCUGCUGGGGGUGCUAGUGUGUCUUUUCUCUGUUUGUCACCAUUGGCCCGCAACCUUUUUAAAUACGCGAUCAUGCAGUCCGGGGUAGCAAAUUUCCCAUUUGGCUAUGCCUCAUACACCGACGAUGUUGUGACGGGAGUUUUUAACCUUACCAACUUGAACUGCACUGAUAAAAACGUUACUCCGGGGGUAUGA